AUGUCUGAAUUUCAGGUUAUCCCCGCGCUCCAUCUACCAGCAUCUCAGUACAACGUGAUCGCGUGCCCCGACUCGCGCCCAGUGUACCGAGGCGCAGCCGUGUGGUGCCGACAGGUGGCGCCACGCGCCGCGCGUAUUGAUCCCUUCCUUCCGCACACGGAUGAACGCGCCUCAUCUCACGGAUGCCACGUAAACGCGGCGUCGCGGGGGCCGGGGCGCGCGCCGUGUUUACAUGCGGGUGCAGGCGGCGGGUGCAGCGGGCGGCCGAUCGAUCGCUGGGCGGGGCGGGCGCGGGGCGGGCGCGGCGGGCGGCGGGGGGCGGGGCUCGCGCGCGCCUGCCGCCAGUCCGCCUCGGGGCCGCGUCCGCGCGGUCGUCGCCUGAUCCCGCGGUGCGGCGCGCCGGAGUGUCUCCGCGGGUGCCCGGCGGCGGCGGCGAGCCUCGCGCCGCCCGCCCCGCGCCGAUGCCGCUGCCGGUCGCAGCCGCAGCGCCCCCACCCGCCCGCGCCCCUGCCGCUGGCCGGCGCCGCGCGCAGCCUGCUCUGCCGCGACCUAGCCGAGCGAGCCCCGCCGCCCGCGCACCCCGCGCCGCGCUUGCGCCCCGUGUUCCUGUGGGCGCGCCAGCGCGACGGUACCGUGCAAGAGGUCCGCUGUGAAGAUUACGACCCGCGUAACCGCAUCCGUAUCGCGCGUACCCCUACCGGUUGGCGAGUUAUCCCGCGUACUAAAAUCUUUGACUCUAUACUUGUGACUAGCGCCCCGGCGCACGAACCCCUCGAGCCCGGAGCUCCCCCUGAGCGGCGCCGGCGCCGGCGCUCCGGCAGGCCGCGGCGGAGGCGCACGGACGCGACAGCGCCCGCGCCCGCCUGGCUCGCGCCCGACCUGGAGUCGCACAUCCCGUCGCACACGAUCGCGGUGCCGCGCGUGCCGCCCGCGCCGCCCGCGCCGCCCUCGCCGCCGGCGCCGCCCGAGCCCACGCCGCUCGACAACCUGCUGGCGGUGGCCGAGCUGGAGUUCAACCAGCAGCGCGGCGAGGAGGCGCUGGAGCUGGAGCUGCAGGCGGGCGCGCAGUACCCCUUCCUGCCCGAGGCCGAGGAGGUGGCGCGCGACGUCAUGUCCUUCGAGCUGGGCGAGCCCAAGCCGCCAGACGAGAUGUUCUUCGAGCAGCGCAAGACGCACGCGCCCGAAGUGCGGCCUUCUGAGGAAGACGCAUUCCACAAUGACAUGGGAGUGCAUAAAGAUCUAUUUGAAACUAUUAGUGAAGCGCACUACCUGCCUGAGCUCGGUGGGCCUCACGACGAGGCGCUGCUCGAGUCGCUAGUAGAAAAGGGUUGUGAGGAUAAUCAAAUUCUUGGUCAGGCGCUCGACAAGCUGGCGCACCUAGUGCACGGGUCCGGCGACUAUGCUGAGGAAGAGGACGACAUGCUGCUCGGCGGCGCACCUGUCGCGGAUAUCAUUGACCGGCUCGAGCAGUCGCUAGAGUCGCCGAGUCGGAGCAGCAUGACGGCGGCGCAGGGGCUCCUCCACCUGCAUCACAUAGGGGACCACCUGCCGCCGCCGGACCAACAACAGACCAUGGAGCAGUCCUACAUGACAGACGAAGUGUUUGCGCCCGCCGACCCUCCGACAGAAUGUGCACUUGACACGUUAUCACAGACAGUGGCGUCACAGAUGCAAAAUGCUAACGAAGUUAACCAUUUAGAAUAUGAGCAUGAUCAGAAUGCCGAGAAGAGGCUACAAGAGGAGGUUGGUAAUACUGACGUAAUGUAUACUGAACAAGUACCUGAAAUCCCUGCUCCCACCGAGGAGCAGAAACUACAAGCGUUACCGGAUCAAAGUGAAGCAACGUUACCCAGUGUGAGUGAAAUACCGAUUCCACCUAACGAUGAAUCCGCUGAAAAUGUCACAAAUAACAUUACGCUCAAAAUCGAAACCGACGAUACGGUAUGUGACGAAGAAGGUAACUAUUCAAAUGCUAUAAAAGAGGAAGACCCAAGCAUAGAUUUCAUGAAAGACCUUGAAGAUACGGCAAAUGCUGUGGAAUUGGUUGCUACGGAUUUGAGUGUAAAAAAUAUAAAGCCUAAAAAAUCUGCUAGAGUGGUGGCAAGCGUUGCGGAAACCACAAACACUAUGGAAGAUAGUAUAUCUGAAAAGGUUGACGACCAACCUAAAGAUCUGAGCGUGCAGCGAAGGUUACCCACCCCGCAUGCGUCGCCGAGACGGAUAGACAUACCGCGAGCGCCGUCGAGAGAGUCGGAUGCGAUGCAGUCGCCUCAGCCGAGCGGCAUCCCCGCCGUGCCCUCCUCGCCGGAAAUAUUCACCAUGCCGCAGUCCAAGAGCAAACAGUCAUUGUUUUUAGAAACUUUGCUGUCAUCGCCUUCGCCUAAGAUGUACACGUCGGAAGUGACCAUUACAAAACAGCAAUGUGAACCAUUAAACUUAGGCAAACAUCGAAAAUCCGCCAGUCCGACCGUAACGAGCUGCUCAGAUGAGAUUAGAAAGUUAAAUAAAGAGUUUGGUGAACCACAAGAGAAAAAAGGAAGACGGGAAUCGUCUGAUGACUCGGUCAAAAUAAACAAAGUAUUCAACAAGUGCGACCGAGAAGAGCAUGCAGCUGAGGCUCAGACUAAGACGAGUAAGAAAAACGAUAAGGAAGAAAAGCUCCCAUCAAAAUAUAUUGAGAAAAUGAGUAAAAUGAGUCCAAUCGAACAACUGCACAGUCUAAGAACGAGUGCUACUUUCAACAUUCCCGAUCCUAUGUUGGUCCCGAAAAACAAGCUAAAUAUCAUUCUCUCAGCUCCAGCUAUCGAAAUCCCAUUGAUGCUAAUGAACUACCCGGAGCUAAGAUUACCGGAAGCGUUUGCUUACCCACACGUCCUGCAGGAUCCAGACAUACUCGUCAUAUCAUUAUCGCAAUUAGAAGGUAUUAUUAUGAAUGAAACCAAACGGCCGGAGUCGCCGAUAAAAGAACCAAAGCCGCCUACGCCAAAAAGUACGAUAAGUACAUCGAGUAGCGAAAACACAACGACCACGAGUCAACCCGACCAUAUCAACUCCAGCACGCAGCCCAAGCCGAUCCCGUCGAUGGACGCGCUGGCGGGCGACAUCGACGCCGCCACCUCGGCCGCGCUCAACCAGAUGCUCUGGCUGCCCUACAUCAGUCAACUCGAAGCAAUGGCUGCAUGCUCGCAAAACAUGGAUUUCUUAAAAGCUCUAAACUCCUCUGGCUAUGCCGGACAAGGUUAUCCAGAAUUAUCACAAGUUUUUAAUCCAAAUUCCCGUUUUGGACCUGGACCAACGGGUUUCCCGGUGAUGCCGCCGAUGGACUAUGAAAAUCGCAUGCAAUACGCCAUGUGGCAGGAAGCAAUGAACCAUUCGAACCAACAACAACAAGCGCAGAGAGCACAAAGCCAAGCCAAAGCUAACGAGUCUCAGGCGAAGGAGAUGGCGGCCAAAUCAUUAGACGUGCAGAAUCCAUUUGUUCACUCGACAAAGAGUCAUCAUCAAAAUAAAUCACACAGCAGUAUGUCGUCACGAUCUAGUCCAAUGGCCAACUACACCGCGAGCCAGCGAGCCGCCAUGCAACACAACUCGUUCCUGCAGAGCAUGUACCCGGGCAUGAACCCGAACAUACGGCCGAACAUGCCGCUGCCGGGGCUGCAGAUACCGUACUUCAACCCCAACUUGAUGGGCAGCCAGCGGUCGCCGCGCAGUGGGGCGCAAAAGAGCCCGACCUCGCCGUACUUCCCGAACAACAACUACCUGCAGUCGAUGAAGCACUCGGAGGCGCAGGCCCACCAGCGGAGUAGUUCGACUAGUUCGCAGGAGUCGCCGCGGCCGCGGAUCAGUGUAAAGUCGUUGCAAAACUUGUUGGAGCCGAGUGCGGUGGCGUCGGCGUCGUCGUCGCGGCGCGCGGCCCCGGCGGCGGCGCUGCGGCGGCGCGACGAGCCCGAGGUGGGCAGCACCACGCCGCUGGGCGAGCCGCAGCACCUGCCGCCGCACCCGCACGACCCGGCCUCCUUCCACUUGUGGCAUCCGCUGUUCGGCAACCAAAAGGGCUACAGCCCCUGGAAUGGCCCUUGGACGACGCCGACGGUGACGGCAACCGGCGACUGACCGAGGUAUCCGCGCGGGCCACUGCCGCCCGCGCACCCGCGCUGAGCACGCACGGGGGACGGGGAAGAUGGGGACUUGGGGGAAUUGGGGGCAUUGGGGCAACUUGGGGAACAGUGAUCGCACCUAAAGACACUUAGCCAUGAAGUUGGACGACCUAAUCAGCUGGCACAGUUUAGUUAAAAAGUUUAUCAUGAAAUAAUCUACUGACACUUUUAGUAAUGACAAUUGAUGUGUUGUACGGUCGGACUUAUCGCCUCUGGUACAAUGUAGUAUGUAAAUUAAUCAUUGGUUACAUAUUGGUGUCUUCGUAGAAUUUGUCGCCGAUAUUUUUUUGACAGUUGUGUGACAGCAACUGUCAAAUGAUUCGGAAUACGAAUACAUCAGUAUGAAAUCAGUCUUUCUAAUAUUGUAAUCACAAACUGAUAUUUAUUUCUAUGUGUAUAGUUUAUGUCAGUCUUUGGCAGAGAAAUAUUCUUACCAUGACCAAGUUAAAUACUAAUUACUAUUAAUAUAAAAUCCUUCUUAUUGUUUUAUCGGAAAUUGUUAUCGUCACAUAUUUUAUAAGAAUACUUCAGUCAUUGAUACUGGACAUACCAUCGCAUUCUCACAGACUGUAACUGUACUCUGUCUCGCUCGAAAUUAAAUUGUUGUUAAAUAUUAUUUAAGGUAAUUGACGACUGUCCUACAUCAUUAGACAAAUGGGUUUUAUUUACUUGUUUAAAACAUUGACCAUCGCUACAACUACAGUUAAUCAGAUGUUAUUAUUUUGUGAUAAAAAAAUAUAUAUUUCACGCGUGCGUUUAAUUACUGUCGCUCGUGUGUUUUCCGCCUAAAAUCUCUGACAUACAGUAUUAUUACAUCAAUAUUCACGGUCACACUGUAUAAUCGAUUAGUUUGAUUAAUAUAUAAAUUCUUAGUUAAAAUAAUAUUUCAAAUGUACGGUCGAUUGUACAUUAGUUCCUACGUUUUUUGUACUUCGACGAUGUUUUUCAUAACCGAAACUAAAGCCAUGACAGAGCGUUACUAAUUAAUUAUGCUUGCAACGACCACGACACUUGUAAUGUAAAAUAUUUCCAUUAUUUUCCCAGUAAACAGAGUAUGGUAAAAAGGUUUCUGUAAAUAAACAAAAAAUACGAGUUUUAUCCUUAAAAAUAGAUUUUAAAAUGUUACAAAUGUUUUUGCUGAACAAUGUGCUUAAUAAUUAGCACUAACGUCUGUCUAAGUUUCCUUUUACACCUGUAUAUGUCUGUACAGCGAGAACGUUCAAUUUCAUUCAACUUUAAGAAGCCCUUUAUUAAGUACGACAGUGUCGCCUCUAAGUUCUUUUUCUUUUAGAUCAUCUAGCGUUACAGUUUGUAGAUAUAAAUCCCCCUCACAGCCACAUGGCCACAGACGAUAGUGAACUUUAUGUAAGUGAUUUAAGGUGCAAUUUUAAAGGAGACCCCCAGAGCCCGAAUGGUGAACGAAUUGAUCCGUCCGAUGUUGUGAAACCCCCGUGUCGUCGCUCGUCGCGGUAGUCUCGUACCGUGGACUGUCUGUGACCACGUCGCCAUUUGCGACAAACCGCGCGGUGUACGUACAUCGACACUUCUUAAACUACGUGUUACGCACGCUUCGUCGCAAAUGAUGACGUGGCAACAUAGCCUGUGAACUGAUCUGUAACAUUCUUAUGAGUCUUUUAACGAUGCCAAGGGAACGUUUAGCUCGUUCCGUUCAUGUAUAAAAGCUUUAAUUUCUAGUGUUAGUUAACCGUCGACAUUACUGAGGCUUUUUGUGAAAUAUAUUUUAAAACGAAAAGAUCUCGGACGCACGCUUAAUUUAUGCACGGGAGUCAUUGUAAUUGGAUUGGGUAGGUCUGCAUAAAUUGGCUCAGCGACGUGGCGGUGACGUUGAUGUCAUUUGGGUGUCCGCGGCAGACGAUGGAGAGCCUUCCCCUGUACUACAACGUACAGCUGCGGGCGAUAACAAUCCGAAUAUUAAUUCAGCUGUCAACAGCCAAUUAUUGGAUGUGAACGAGUUGUUUUCAAAACCAUCGAAUAAUAUCUAAAGCAUUUUCCUCUUUUGCUGGAAAAUAUUUCCUUCGCAUACUUUAGGAAAUAAUAUGCAACUUCCUCUUUAAUAUCAUUAUGGCUGCAUAAAUUCCAUCUAAAUUAGUACCUAGGUAUUACACAAGCCACAAGAAAAAACGCUACCUAGGUGAUAUUUCUAAAGGUUCGCCGGAAGAGCCAAAUUGCUCUCAAUUACAGCCGCGUACACCUAAUUGGCAGUAUAUUAUAUACUUUAUUUUGUCCAAUGCAGAUAAGUUCACAUUAUCUAUGUGUGUUCACUGGAACGAAAUACCCACCUCUUUGGAGCAUCUACAGUUUAUACCAAAUACUAUCAUUCAUAUAUUUUUGUUCAUAUAACUCUGGUAAUAUGCUAUACUGACUGUACUUUUUCUGGCAUAUCUCUAAAGUUCAUAGACACAGAAUUUUCCUUUCGAAAAAAAAUAAGCCCAAACCAACAUGGAAGAUUAAAAAUUCAAAAAAAUCCGUUGCUAAAAUUUUCACAGACGCAAAAUUCGUGGCGACGUCCACUCAAAGAGGAAUCCUAUUAGUCCAACCCUGCAUGUUGUGUUUCAUCAAACAACUAGCUACAUACACACACACAUACAUAGGUACUUAUAGAGCUACAUAUUACAUCUGUAGGAUAUCUGGCGGCUGCCAUGACAACCGUUUAAAUCCGUUAAGGCUGGGCUCGAAUGUUCCGACGCACAUUACACUGACAUUUUAAUCAAAAUCGAUGGCUUGGUCUGCGUUCAUCUUUGCUGUUUUGUGCGGAAAAAUUAUCCAUGUUUUGAUGGACACUUUUUAAAUCUAGGAGUUUUAUUGCUGGUUGCAGUUGUUAUCGAAAACUUACCAGAAUAUCUAUGGACCAGAAGUUAUGUAUAUCUAAAUCUUCCCGUUUCAAAUCGAUCUCCAAAACCAAAUACAGCCGUGUUUAGAAAUCGCACGUAAAACCCAGACGGGAGUCACUUAAAUAUUAAAGGAAAUGUUCAAGAAAAAGUACAAGUCUACAACAGACGCAUUCUUCUCCAUAAAAUCUGUUUUUCAAAUGAUACUAUAACAAAGUAAAUUGUAGAUGCUCGCACAACCAUAUCCGUAUAUAAUAAGAUGGUGCGUCGUUUGAACAGAGGAGCGUAGUGCAUAACUUUAAUGUUUAGUUGUGAAACGUGAAGAGUCGAGGAGCGGCGUUAGUUCCAAAUAAGUGCAAUCCAAUCGGACUGUCAUGUAUAUCGUAGUUAGAAAAGAUAAGCGGAAGUACGAUGCAUUUAAUUUACGUGUUGGGGUGGAAUGCAGGUCGAAUUUGUGGUUACAUCACUGUGAGGCCCAAUUUCACUGACAACAGAAACGGUUUUCUUAAAACAACAAUUGUUACUAUGGAUUAUAUGAUUAUAUGGACUUAAACAAUUGUUUACUAUGGAUUUUCACUUCAAUUUACAAAGUAAACAGUUGUUUUAUUUAGUCGAUGAACUUAGGGCUUAAUCGAGUCUUUAGCUGAAUUGUACCACUGUUCACUAAAGACUAUUACAACUAAGUAUAUUUAAAACAUGCUCUUUCUAUCAUUUUCAAAUACCUGAGAAUUAUAGAAUGAUGGUUUAAAUGUAUUUUGAGGAAAUCGUUUUUAGUGAGCAGUGAUGCGAGCAGGCUUUAAUACAUUUCAAUGUUCAUCAACGCCAUCUGUCGGUGGAAAUAUUCAACUUUUCCACCACAUUGCCGAUUUCUUUAGUCCACUGUUAAACGUGUGCGCCUAUCUUUAUAUUUAGAACUUUAUUGCAACUCGUGUAACGUUUUUAAUUAAAAACCUGGCUUUAAUUUGUCAGUUUUCGAUUAAGAACUUUACCGCUAUAACCGUAAAGUUCAAAAUACGAAAACAGGCUCAUUUGACAGUGGACUAAAGAUAAACAUUGUAACAAGGGUGUGCGACAGUUCGACCUGCAUUAACUUCAUUUAUUAUUAGACAGAACUUCAGGGCGACUACGGUUAGCAUCAAUUCAGGUUAGCAGCAGUCGCCAUGGCGUCUGAACCUGGUUAAAAUGAGAGUAGGCAAUAUAUUUAGUCCCCAGAAAAGUGCGAAGAGGUUACUUUCGUUGGCUAAUGAACAUGUAAUAUCGUCACAAUCUUAUAAUAAGAAUAACAUUUACCUACAUGGAUUAGUAGACAGUGCUGUAACACGUUUAAAUUAUUCAAUGUUUAUUAGUAAUACCUAAUAGAAAUGCAAAUGAUUUCACAUAAUUUAAGUUUAGGUGUCCGUAACUUUGCGGACAAGUAAUAUAAUUGCAUCAACAUUCAAGUAUUGUUGCACAUUACCCACGAUGUAGUCAAUGUGGACAUUAACCAGUCUUAGCUGUUAAACUAUCUCAAUGUUCGUUUGUGUCAAUCAAUGUGAUGUUUUGCUUCAAGGAUUUCAUAAUAAACGAGUAAUCUGAAUAUAAUAAUUAUAAUAUAAUCUGUAGUGUCGAUGAAUUAUUCUCAUUUUAGCCAGUUAAGUCUGUGUUAGCGUCGUAAUAUGGCGUCGAUUCGUGUUCUUAUAAUCUCAAUAUUAUUAAAUAAAUCAUCGCAAAAAUUUAUGUAAUUUAAUUCUACUUUUUGUGAAGCUUUUGCACUCAUUGAUGACUCUGUAAAAAUAACUUAAUGGUCUAUGAAAUGAAUUCUUAUCAAUUAAUUAGGAUUUUCGGUAAGCCCCGUAACAUUGUACCUAACUAUUAUGCGUAAGAUUAAGAAAUUGAUAUUAGCAUAUGCAAUAAACCAGUUGAUUUGUUACUUUUGACUAUUUAACUCACUGUGCAAUUUAUCUUUAUAAGUAUUGAAUUAUGUUUGUGAAUUGAUUUCAAAUAUUGUUUUAUUAUUGACUAUUUAUUGUGUAAGCAGUAUUCGUACGAAAACGUUAUAAGAACACAAACUCGAUGUUAGAAAUUAUAAAAUAAUACCUUUUUAUUAAAAAAAAAUCUAUUUAUUUCGUUAUUUUUUAAGUUUUCGAUGAUUUUAAUUGUUCUCGUUACUUUCCUUGGGAAUCUUUAUCAAUUUGUAGUAAUUAGUAAGUACAAUUCUCGCGCAGUUUGUAACAACGGGGAUCGAAACGCCGGUUUCUAAGUAUAAGAAAAAUAUUAUUGAUAUAAAAACUACUUUUCUAAUGUACAAUUCCAUUUUUUCUAUUCCGGUGUCACGUAUGAGUGCCCGUUUUGUCCGGUUAGGGCCGGUUUUGUCCGGUUACAGCCGGCAUUGGCCGGUUCCAUCCCCGUUCGGAGACGCAGUGUUGUUGGUUAUUCUUGUUCGUGACUACUCACUAUUCCAAAAGUUUCCUGAUGUAAUUUAUUGACUUGAAUAAUGAAAUUACGCUUCUAAAGUGUAUUACGUAUGUAAAUAUAGGACAAACUAAUACCUAUUAUUGAUAGUGAAUGUUGUAAUUUGUAUAUAAGUAACGAAAAUUAAAUUUUAAAUACAUAGAUAACA